UAGUUUAAUAUACAAACACUUAAGAAACAGUUGUCUAUUUACACUUUCGUCUGUCUGUGGUUAAGCUCAAAUACUUCUAGUUUAUUCUUGUGUUUGUUUUUUUAUUCCAUUCGUCGUAACGUUGUGACCACGUGUUAACUGACUAAACGUCGGUGUACUGCGCAUGCGCCUGACUUGGAUCUCUAAAGAUAAGAUGUUCAUCAUGAGAGAACAGAUGGAUGUGAUCCAUGCUGGAGAACAACAGAUGAUGCAGAUACCAGUGAAGAUGUGUUCAGUGAAGCUGAUGAAGAUGAGAGAAGAAAUCAAAGUAGAGGACCAACAGAGUGAUGAAGAUGAUGAUGAUGAAUUCAAAGAGGAACAACAGAGUGAUGAUGAUGAAAUCGAAGAGAAGCAAGAGAAUGAUGAUGAUUAUGAUCCCACAGUAGAGGAACAACCGAGUGAUGAAGAUGAUGAUGAAACCACAACAGAGGAAGAACAGAGUGAUGAUGAUGAUGAUGAUGAUGAUCUUCCUUCAGAGCUGAUGGAAGUGAAAGAGGAAAGUCAAGAACUGAAUGAAUUGGAGGAGAUACAUCAUGAUUUCACAACUGGGGAAAAUAGUUUUUCACAAAAAAUGCCUCAAAUGAGAACAGCCGAAAAUUCUUACAUCUGCUCUCAGUGUGGAAAAGUUUUAAAAGAUAAAAGGAACCUUAAUAAGCACAUGAGGAUUCAUAGUGGAGAGAAGCCUCACAUGUGCCAUCUGUGUGAAAAGAGCUUCACGCGUAAAGAACAUCUUACUUUGCACACAAGAGUUCACACUGGCGAGAAGCCUCAUACGUGCCAACAGUGCGGAAAAGGUUUCAGACGUAAAGAUCACCUUAAUAUGCACUCAAGAGUUCACACAAUAAAGAAGCCUUACAGGUGCCAUCAGUGUGGAGAAAUUUUCAAACGUAAAGAACACUUUAUUCUGCACACAAGAAUUCACAUAAAGAAGUCUUACACGUGCCAACUGUGUGGAGAACAUUUUGCAUGUAAAGAAAGUCUUAAUGUGCACUCAAAAACUCACUCUGGAGAGAGGCCUUUCAAGUGCCAGCAGUGUGGAAAAGGUUUCACAGAAAAAAGAUACCUUAAUAAACACAUAAGGAGGCAUAGUGGAGAGAAGCCUCACACGUGCCAUCUGUGUGAAAAGAGCUUCACACGUAAAGAACAUCUUACUGUGCACACAAGACUUCACACUGGAGAGAAGCCUUAUUCAUGCCAACAGUGUGGGAAAGGAUUCAUAAGUAAAGACCACCUUAAUAUGCACUCAAGACUUCACACUGGAAAGAGGCCUUACGCAUGCCAUCAGUGUGGAAAAGGAUUCAUAGAUAAAGGAAGCCUUAAUAGGCACACAAGGAUUCAUACCGGAGAGAAGCCUCACACGUGCCAACUGUGUGGAAAGAGUUUUGCACGUAAAGAACGUCUUACUGUGCACAUAAGAGUUCACACUGGAGAGAAGCCUUAUACGUGCCAACAGUGUGGAAAACGUUUCAAACGUAGAGAACACUUUAAUCUGCACACAAGGUUUCACACAAAGCCAAGCACGUGCCAACUGUGUGGAAAAGGCUUCGUAUGUGCAGCUAGUCUCGCGUAUCACCUCCGGUGCCACUCUGGAGAAAGACCAUUUAAAUGCGAUAAAUGUGAUAAAACAUUUGUCGUGGAAUCAGUCCUAAAACAACAUAUGAAAACUCACACAGAUGAGAAGCCUUACAAGUGUUCUUUUUGUGGAAAGAGUUUUGUACACCUGUCCUAUUUUAAACAGCACCAGAAAAUACACAGUGGUUCUGGGGCUCAUAUGUGCUCUGAAUGUGGGAGGACCUGCACUACAGCCGCUCACUUGAAAGAGCACCAAAGGAUCCAUACUGGAGAGAAACCUUUUAUGUGCUCGUACUGUGGAAAGACUUUCACUCGGCCAGAGCACCUGAAAAAACAUGAGAGAAUCCACACUGGAGAGAAACCUUACAAGUGCUCACACUGUGGAAAGAGUUUCACUCUGUCACAAAACAUGAAAGCACAUGAGAGAAUUCAUACUGGAGAGAAACCAUACCACUGCUCUUCAUGUGGAAAAGGUUUCAAUCGAUCAGGUCAUCUACAGCAACAUGUUAAAAGCAAUUGCCCAAGUAGUCACAGUGAGCAAGAAUCAUCUUCAGGUCCAACGAGGUCAAAGAAAUAGUUUGAUAUUCAGAUAAACCCAAAGGGAAUUUCUCCCAAAAGGGCAGCAUCAUAUAAAGACUCUGGUAUACAUUGUUUUACUGUGUUCCGGAUCACCUUGCACACGGUCGAGCCUUUCAAAGUAUACUCUUUUUUUUUUUUGUAGUGGUCGACCGAUAUAUCACAGAAGCUGAUAAAACGGCCUUUUUUAAUUAUCGGCAUUUGGCUGAUUUAUCUUUUUCUUGAGGGCGCUGAAAAUCGCAUGCUUGCAUGUGAAGCGACUGAGACAUGUAAGCGACAAGUCACGUUUCGUUUUGUUGUUACGUACAAUAAUGGACCGGUGAGCAACACAACAGAGCCGUGGCAGAUGUAUUUAUGCUCUCAAAUCAACUCACUCUCCUCAACAGUUCCCUGUAACAUUUAACUGUCUUGUCUAAAGAUAAAAAGGCAAAUAACAAUAAAACUUAUAUCAUGUACCGUCUGCAAAUUCACGCAUAUCUCGUUGAUACAGGGAGUGGGCUCGCUCACAAUCCUGCACAGUAAACUAACCUCACAAAACUUCAGCAGGUUCAGCAUCCUGUGAAGCUCUCAUUUAUUAAAGGGGUCAUCGUAUUUCGUUUUACAUUUUCAACUUCUUUUAGUGUGUAAUGUUGCUGUUUGAGCAUAAAAAAGGUUAUAAAGUUACAAAGCACAACGUCGACUCCAAAGUGAGUUAUUGUCUAUACUAGUUUAGCACUGUUUCUGAACUCCCUAAAAGGACUACAUUGUAUUAUUCCAGUAUACUCUACGUCACGGGAUCAAUCUACGUCACUAGCCUACCUGGAUCUGGAGAUAGGGGGCCGGGAAGAACUACGACUUUCGCCGGCCCUAUCUCCUGAACCGGACCGACCACAGACCUUUCUAAUGACACCAUCCAUGGCUCUCUAGCCCACCCAGAUAGGGGCAGAGGAAGAACAAUGACUAAUCUGCAGGGACAUGGGGCAAGUUGUUACACCCAGGAACAACAGCCGUAUCUCGGCCUAAGGCAGUCUCAUUCGAAAGGUCCGCCCGAGACCUUUCCAUAGACCUUUCCGGUUUCGCCUCUUUAACCCACCCUGACAUGGAGACACGACCUCGGGAAUACCUGCGAUCUCCACCAGCCCUCUCUCCCGAAGCAGACUGAACACAGAAACGGGACCCAUCUCGUUCGAAAGGUCUGCGUGAGACCUUUCCAACGAGACCGGGCACGGCACUCUAGCUCACCGGGAGGCGGCACAGUACGAAGCUGAAUCUCAUGGUUAUGAUAAGAAGCGUGACAUAUCGGAGUGGUCGACCAAUCACAACACACUGGUCCACGUGACCGAUCAGAGCACAUUGCUCUUUUUGAAAGGAGGGUCUUAAUAGAAACCAGAACUAAACGGAAGUGUUUCAGACAGACUGGGAAGAGAGGUAAUGCAGAAAUCUAUAUGUGAAAAAUAAUAUGUUUUUGGGAAAAUACGAUGGCAUACGAUGACCCCUUUAACCUCUAAAGCACGUAUUCUAACAGUCUCUCCUUAACAGUUCCCUGUAACUUUUCUAAAGCUAAAAGGCAAAUAUAAAUAAAAAUUGUAUUAUAUACCGGUCGCAUCUCAUUUAAAAAGAUGUCAUUCAGGAACCUCACAAAAAUACAGCGCUUCCCAUCAAACGCUCAUCUAAUAUCUUCACCUUAAGCACGCUUUCUGUCAUCCAGAAUCAAAAACUUCAGAAUCAGGAUUAAAAGUUCCUCUCAUUCACAAAUCAUGAUGGUCAUUCCAUAACAAUCCAAGCAGGUGCUCGAGGCCGGUUAAACUGUCAGAAGAUUGAGGCUCGCACUGGACCCGCACUAGCGCGUGUGUGCAUUCUUCAAGGCUGCGUCCAAAACCAGGAAAAUGCUGCCUCAAGAUGCUGUAUACGGAGGUACAAUGAAAAUAAGGUGCUUUUCAAACUGGAGACAACUGUCAUUUAAGCCAUUGAUAAGGCAUCACAUGUUCAGAUGCAGCCCAAGGUAAAAGCGCUUCACGUGUGCUACGAGUAAAUGUCUUAUUCAGUAUGCACUGUAUGUACAAUUGGUUUGAUUUGGUAUUUUUUUUGAGAAAAUGCGAUUGCUAACGUGGACAUGCCAUCCAUGUUUGCUGGACUACUGUGUGUACUGUUAUUUCCUUCUUUCUUUCUUAUAUAUUAACAAUUUCUUCAAGUGCAAAUAAAUGACUAACAUUUCAUGACUAAACCGAAAUCUGAAGAAACUGCAAACUACCAUUUAAAAUACAAUAUUUUUUUGUUUUGUGUGAAAUUUAGUAAAUAUAGUGCUAAAUUAUGUUUGUUAUUUACUAUACUAAAUUGUGUGAUGUAUCGGCCUAUCGGCCAAUCUACUCUCUGGCAUCGGAUAUUAAAAUCUCCAUAUCGGUCGACCACUACUCUUUUGACCUCAAGCAAAGGUCUUGAGUAGUAAAAUACAAUGAGCAAAUUUGGUUCAUUCAGAGAUAAUAUGACACUCAACGUAAUGCGUCGUGUAGAUUUUUAGAUACUCCUCAAAGAUUGUCAUGGCAAGAUAUAGUGGCUAAUCACUAAUGGCAUCUCUGGGAUCGAUUCACUUAAACUAGAUCCAUCGCGCCAUGUGUUAAAUUGUCUUCAUUGGAUAUCUAGAGUGUCCAGAAUCCAUAUUUGGAUUAAAGCAUAUUCCCACGUGCGGUGAUCAGAGUCAGUGCCCACAUACAUGCACACAAAGUCUCUCAAUGCAUAUUUUUGUUAUCGUUUUUCAAUUAUUUGAUAUAAUUCUUUAAGUAUUUUUUAUAUUUUUGUUUAGAUGUUUGCAUUCAAUGUUCAAUAAAACGCCCGAUUACUUGCUUGUAGAGGUUUUUGGGUUUCAUGAAUAAAAGGCCACCAUGGUUACUAAAACUUGAUGGCUUUGUACUGUCAACAAUUUAUUUUCCUAGUACAGUUGGAAAACAACACCAAAGUUAAUUUGAUGAACAUCCAUUCUUACUGUCUAAAAGGUAUAAGAUCAAACAUGAAAAUAUAUUUUGUCAACAGUAUUGUUGAAUGAGUCUCUGAGCGUGAUCCAAAUACAUUUUCUUAAAAUUUUGAAAGGUUUUCUAUAAAUUGAUACCAUGGAAUUGACACUCUUUGCUAUUUUAGAGUUAUAAGCAGGGACAGAUUAUGACAUUCAAAGGCCCCAGGGCCAAUCAUCUCCAAGGGCCCCCCUCCAAAAGUUGUUGAGGGUGGGGUUAAGGUUAGGGUGGUGGGUUUCAGAGGGUUGCCCAAAUGUUGUUGAGCCGGGGGGUCGUUUUCAUUGUUGAUGUUUUAGAGCGGGGGGAAUCACCAAAUUUGAUUGUGCAACCUUAAAGCACAAGGCCCCCUCGGACAGUCAAGGGCACCUGGUCGUCAAGAGCCACUGGCCAUUGGCCUGGUCGGUAAUCCAUCCCUGGUUAUAAGCGCUUACUUUGGGGUAUAUAUAAUUUAAAACAUUACAUCCUUAAAAAUGCCUUCAGCUAGUGUUGUACUAGUACUUCGGUACCAAGUCGAUACUAUAAUAAAAAAUAUGCAGUGUUUCUGCAAUACUGGUAGUACCGAAUCUAUCCGGUACCAGCGCACAGUAUGACCGACACGACAGCUUUAAAAUGCUCACAAACUUUGAACACGUGCUCUGAAAUAGAAAAUGUAUCAGAUUAAAAUUGUGACAUGUGCUAGUGUGAUUUAUUAAACUGCUAACGGUUGCAAUCUUAUAAUUUGAAUGUAUAAAUCUGACUGCUCAAACACUGGAAACGCAACAGACAUUGAGAAUCAUUCGCGUUGUAUGAGAUGACAGAGCAGAGCUCUAAUUUACUGUGAACCACACAGGUGGUUAAAAAGUGAGUUAAAAAAAGAUUGACCAAAGUUCUUCACAGGAGGGGUGGGCGAUAUGAACAAAAUACUCUAACUAUAUCGUGUUAUCGUGACAAAAUUACUCAGUUUUUUUUUUAACAAUCAAUAAAAUUGUAUUAUAUAUUAAGCCAUGUCGCAAUGUGUAAUUUUGAGUAAUACAUUCAGUGAAUAAAUACUUAAAACUGUAUUAAUCUGACAAACAUAGUCAAAGUAAA